AUUGGGCAAAAGGAAAGAUGAAAUAUUGAAAUGCUAAGAAAUAGAAAGCGAUAAGUAACAAAUGAAACCCUAAAAAAACGCGAUAAAAUAUCGCUUCGCGCGAUAAGAGAGAGGUCGCGUCUGCAAAUCGGAAAUCUCUUUCCGAUUAUAUAUUUUCUCCACAUUCUCCGCUUACUGGUGCAGAUAACUUGAUGGUUGACAUCAGUCAUCAGAAUGGUUCGUGAAAAGGAUGCAUGUUGGGAGUAUGCUGACAAGUUGGAUGGCAAUAAGGUGAGAUGCAAAUUCUGUACGAGAAUUUUAAACGGAGGCAUCAGUAGAUUGAAGUAUCAUUUAUCUCGACUUCCCAGUAAAGGUGUAAAUGCAUGCAGCAAUGUUCGGGAUGAUGUAAGUAAAAAAGUUAGGGCUAUCAUUGCAGCGAAAGAAGAAAUUCAAGAAAUCCCUAUCGCUAAGAAGCCAAAGCUUGUGGAAACUAGUUCUCCAGAGCGUAUUCUCCCAAUUAAACCUCUUUUAUUUGUGGAGACACCAUCUCCCAUUGCAAAGUUGCUUCCUGCAUUAAGCCAAACAGAUUAUUCGUCCACCUCAAGUAACCAAGAAAAUGCAGAGGAAAGCGUUGCUAUGUUUUUCUUCGAGAACAAGUUGGAUUUCAGUGUGGCAAGAUCUUCUUCCUAUCAGCUAAUGAUUGAAGCGAUAGGAAAAUGUGGUUCUGGAUUUUCCGGUCCUUCUGCAGAAACAUUGAAGACUACAUGGUUGGAAAGUGUCAAGUCCAAAAUGAAUUUGGCAUUUAGAGACACCGAGAAAGAGUGGAUCAGAACAGGUUGUACUAUUGUUGUGGACACAUGGACCGAUAACAAGUCACGAGCAAUAGUCAACUUUUUGGUUUCAUCCCCCUCGAGAACCUUCUUUCACAAGUCAGUUGAUGCCUCGUCAUAUUACAAAAACACAAAAUCUUUGGCUGAUUUAUUUGAUUCUGUUAUACAAGAAAUUGGCCCUGAUAAUGUAGUACAGAUAAUUGUUGAUGGUGCACUCAGUUAUUCUGGAGUUGCUAACCAUAUUCUUCAGAGCUAUGGUACCAUUUUCAUUUCUCCAUGUGCUUCUCACUGCGUGAAUUUAAUACUCGACGAUUUUUGCAAGAUUGAUUGGGUGAAUAGAUGUAUUGUUCAGGCACAAACCAUCACAAGAUUUAUCUACAAUAGUGUGUCAUUGCUCGAAUUUAUGAAAAAAUUUACCGGAGAUCAGGACAUAAUUAGAACAGGCAUUACCAAGUCAGUUUCCAGCUUCCUUUCUUUACAAGCAUUGUUUAAGCAAAGAAGUGAGCUGAAGCAUAUGGUUAAUUGUGCCGACUAUUCAGUGAUCUCAGCUUGUGUAAACAAACAACAAAGCAUAAACUGUGCCGCAAUUUUGGAUGAUAAUGAAUUUUGGAGAGUUGUUGAAGAAUGUAUUGCUAUUUCUGAGCCGUUCCUAAGAAUUCUGAGGGAAGUAGCUGAUGGUAAACCAGCUGUUGGGUUCAUUUAUGAACUAAUGACAAAGGCCCAGGAAUCGAUUAGAACCUAUUAUAUUAUGGAUGAGAGCAAGUGCAAGACUUUCUUAGAUAUAGUGGACAAGAAGUGGCAUAACCAGCUUCAUACACAAUUGCACUCAGCUGCUGCGUUUCUGAAUCCUUGCAUCCAGUAUAACCCUGAAGUCAAAUUCGUGACUGCUAUAAAGGAGGACUUCUUCAAUGUUUUGGAGAAACUUCUUCCUACACCCGAGUUAAGGCAUAAUAUCACUAAUCAAAUUUUGGUGUUUCAACGAGCAACUGGAAUGUUUGGUUGUAAUCUUGCCAAAGAAGCACGCGACACAGUUUCACCUGGAGAAUGGUGGGAGCAGUACGGCGAUUCAACACCAGUGUUACAAAAGGUAGCCAUAAGAAUUCUCAGUCAAGUUUGCAGUACUUGUACUUUCAAGAAGCAAUGGAAUAUGUUCCAGCAGAUGCAUUCCGAAAAGAGGAACAAAAUUGAUAAAGAAGCAUUGAAUGAUCUCAUUUAUGUCAAUUAUAACCUCAAGUUAGGGAGACCUCAGAACAGAUCUUUUGACAUGGAUCCUAUCCAGCUUGAUGACAUUGACAUGACAUCUGAAUGGGUCGAAGAAAUCGAGACCCCUAGUCCAACUCAAUGGCUUGAUCGUUACGGAUCCUAUGAUGUAAGUGACUUGAAUACAAGACAAUAUAGUACAGUAUUUUUCGGUGCAAACGACUUUGGCUUGUAACCGAAGCCCAAACAUACAUUUAUAUGAUAUACUCUGGCUGAAAUGUGGGUUUUCAGCAAUACCUUGCAUUAUAUUAAUAUCUCCUUGUAUAGAUUUUCAGCUGCAAAAACACCCUGUCAGUUGUUUUUCAUUCUUAUAGCAGUUUUUGUGUAUACAGAAUCGAAUGUUAAGAAACAUCAAGAUGUCCUGUACAGCUCAUGCAUAAGAGUCUAGAGUAAAAACAUGAAAGUUGAGGCUGCCUUGUUUGUACC